UUAUUAUCGACUGUCACAUGAAGGAAUUCAAUGCCCAUCUUGCUAAAUAGCAAGAAUGGAGCCUUCAAAUUUAUGGUCUUCAAUGAAGACGUACUAUUUUAGAUACGAAAAUAUCAUUUUAAGGGUACCAUUCUGCUUUGUCUUACAACUGGGUACUUAUUUUGACAAGAUUGUUCAAGAUUCAAGCGAAGGCUCCAGACCAUUGCAUGAGGUUGCAGCUGUAAUGUGUGGUCUUGUUGGUACAAUUGGCCUAGUCACAAACUUGAGCUAUCUCCAGAAAUUCUUCAUUUGGUUGAUUGAAGAAGUUGUUCUUCUCAUUGCAUUUGCUGCCAUUGUAGCAUAUAGUCCUUCAGGUGCUAACAAAGAUUUCUUAUGGAGCAGUUCAAAUCCAGAUGUUUCAUCUCAUCUUGAUGCGACUUAUGGCUAUUCAUUCUUAUACACCCAGGUUUUUGUUGCUGUAAGUGUAGCCAUUGUUCCACGCAAGUGGGCAGCUGUUAGUGCCAAGCAAACUGUUGGAAUUUUCAUCAUUUUCCCAGUGAUCAUCCAGCUUCUAUCACUCCCAUUUGUCAAAGCUUCUUCAAUUUUGCGAGAUGUCUGCCUGGGUUACAUUGUAUUUGCUACAGUAAUUCAAGGGUACAAAGCUUGUCUUGGCAUCCUCCAACUACUACAGGAGGUUCCAGGGCUGAUAAAGAAUACAUUCAGAAUUGUAAUCACUUUUGGAUGGUUAGACCUCUUUGUAUACCACUGGAGAAGGGUAAACUUAGGUCAAGUUCUUAUGAUAACUUGGCUAAUGAAAUGUUUGGCUCUAUUCAAUCUUUUGUUGAUUGGAACCCGUAGUUUUCCUGUUGCUUUUUCUGGAAGUUUAGUUUAUUGUUUUGACAGCCUUCUGGAUUUGGCAGGAGCAAGUCUGAUUGUUGGAUUUGUGGCAAAUCUUAUCUUAGACUUCACUAGCAUGCUGAUAAAAGGAAAUAUUGAGCGACCAGUGGAAGACCGUCAUCAGGAACAAUGGAACAAUAGUGUUUCAUUUUUUCUUUUGAGUGUUCAAGUUGGAAUUGCAAGUGUACCCACGCAGCAACGCCUCAUGCUUAUAGGCCUGGUAUUGUUUGUCACACUCUCCUUGUUUCUGCAGUCUGCCUAUGAGCUUGCAGAACCAGCUCUCAUGUCAUUGGGUGCAACUUACUCUGGUGUUUUUACCAGCAAACACUUGCGUGCAAUAGGAGUGUGUGUCUUGAUUCUGGUACUUCCUGGAUAUAUGAUAGUUGUUCUCUGCCAAAUGUUUACUUUUGACGCAUGGUUGUUUGUUAUCAUAUCCAGCAACCUGGUGACAAUUGUUCAAGUGAUGGGAUCACUCAUAAUUUAUGGACUUUUUGUGUCCAAUGUACACUCAGAAAGUCAAAUGAAGGAUCUAGAUGACUAUGUUUAUUACAUCAAUGCUGGCUCAAAGGUUUUUGAGUUCCUAGUUGCCGUGGUUGUCCUUGGAUACACUGCAUGGGCUACCUUAACUGGGGAGUGGAACUAUAUUGGUGCUUUGGUGAUCUCAAUGCAUGCUUACUUUAAUGUCUACAAAAGAGCUCAAGAAGGAUGGAACAAUUUCCUGUUACGACGCAAUGCUGUGAAGAGACUCAACUCCUUGCAAUGGGCCACUGAUGAACAGUUAGAGCACCUAAAUGAUGUCUGCUGUAUCUGUUAUGAAGCAUUAGAUAGGGCUAAAGUUACUAAAUGCAAUCAUUUCUUUCACAGUUUGUGCCUCAGAAAAUGGCUCUAUGUGCAAGACAAAUGCCCUAUGUGUCACGCAGACAUUUUACCACAGGACUGACUAUUACCUGUCUUGCAGCGCAUGGCUGCCGUUGGUUGAAAAAAAAGCACCAACAUCAUAAAUCAUUUCAUGAGUUAUAUGCCCUCUACCACAUCCAAAACAAACUUAAGUUACAAUCUGCGACAAAUUCUACAGACCCACUUUUUAGGAAUGAUUUAGAAAUGCUAAUUGAAUGCGGUUUUCCGUAUUAUGCCCUGCCCCCCCCUAUCACUCAGUGCUGUACAAUCACAGAGUGCAGCAUUGUAAAAGGGGUUGGGGGGGGGUGGGAAGGUGAAAGCAUAGGUCUAAGGGAUAACAGUAUUAUGCUGUUCCAGAGUGUUAGGAUUUCAAUGGUAAUGUAUCAUUUUGUUGGAGGUCAUCAUUAUCCUAUACAGCGUGCAAUGUCGUUGUGAGAAUUUGGAAUGUUAAAGAAUGAACUUGAACAAUUUUGGCCCAGCAGUGAAUUUUGAGUGUAUUAGCUGCUGACCAUGAAAUCAAACUUGGCAGUCAUACAAUUUCUGAUGAGUGACUCUUUCAUGUAUGUUUGAUAAUUUUCUUUGCUUCAAUUACCUGGUUCUAAUAAUUGUGUGUUAAUUUUCUCAGAGCAAGUGGUAAACUUAUAGCCUCAUGUUUAAUGCAUGGGGACGGUGAAAAGGGUUUGUGGGUUUGUGUCACCAAUGCAAGGUGCCUGACAAUAUGACACAUGCGGUGAUGAUGACCUGUUUUGGAUGUUUGUCUCGUCCUUCUAAUAUUUAUUUGUAGCUUACUAGCCUAUGAGCAGUCCUUCCUCAUUAAAACUUCAGUACAAUC